AUGGCGGUUCAAUCGAAUCCUAAUGCAUCUUUUGGUAUCAGAAUAGCUUCGACUUCUCAGAAACUCUCUCUUAAACCCAUAGCUCAUAUCUCGCUAUCAACGAAGCUCAAACACUCUUCGCUGCCGUCGAUAUCGUGCUCCACUGGGAAUCCAGGUCAAAUUCCGACGAGACUCUCCGGUAUCAGUUCCAGAUUAUUCGCAGCUUCCUCUUCUUUUAAUCCUAUCUUCUCUGAUGAACCACCAGAAUCUGAAUCUCCGUCCCUUGAAAAGAAGAAGCUGCGUGUACUAGUGAAGCCGCUGGAGAAACCAAAGGUGGUACUAAAGUUCGUGUGGAUGCAAAAGGACAUAGGAGUUGCAUUAGACCACAUGAUUCCAGGUUUCGGAACAAUCCCACUUAGUCCAUACUACUUCUGGCCUAGGAAAGAUGCUUGGGAAGAGCUCCAAUCCUUGCUAGAGAGCAAGCCUUGGAUCUCUGAGCUUCACCGUGUCUUCCUCCUUAACCAAGCCACAGACAUCAUCAAUCUUUGGCAAUCAAGCGGUGGCGAUUUAUCUUGA